UAGUAUCUCCUUAUUCCAUGACUAAGUUUUCAAUGCCAUGGUUUGAUGUCUUGUAAACGAACCCGAAGAACGAACUUCAUGUGGGACGAAUAUACCAUAUAUGUAGGCUGAAUGUCAAUCUAUAAUAAUAACUAGUCAAUGCAUCGUGCUCAGAGUCAUUUCGGUACCAACAUUUGUUUAGCUUGUAGUACCAACGGUAUGGAAUCGAAGCAAGAGGAGCAGAUAUUCAGUGAACACCUAAUACAUACAGGCACCAGCAGCUCUACCAUCCCAAGUCCAAUUGACCCUAAGUCCCUCGAACUUGUAUUUCGACAAUUCUCGUUAGGUAGCGCCAGUCGUUCCGGUCGUGCCCGCCCAGCCACCAAUAUUUCAACCGAUAAGAAUGACACUACCAUUCCAUAGGCCAUCUAGCAUAGAAAACUAUCUAGUACUGGCACCAACAACAACCCACCACCAGUACCCGCACAACAACAGGGUUCUCCGU